AAAGCAAGCUCAUUGACUGAAGUCUCUCACAUACAGAUAUGGAGUUUGUGGAAGUAUUUGACUCUCCAGGGAAGGGCAGGGGUCUGCGGGCAACUAAAGAGGUUUGGGCUGGAGACGUUCUGUUUUCCGAAGCCCCUUUUUCUUCUGUUGUCUUUGACAGUCAUGCAGCCAGCGUGUGUCACUGCUGUUUCCGUCGUCAGGAGAAGCUGCAGCGUUGCGGUCAGUGCAGGUUUGCGCAGUACUGCGACAAAACGUGUCAGCGUGCAGCCUGGGAGGAACACAAGCAAGAGUGUGGCGCCAUCAAGAGCUACGGCAAAGCGCCCAAUGAAAACGUUCGUCUCGCAGCUCGCAUCAUGUGGAGAAUCGAUAAGGAAGGAAGUGUGGUCUCAGACAUGCAGUUGGUCACCCUGGAUGAGCUUGAAGACCACGUCUGUGACAUGUCUGAGGAGGACCUGAGGGACUUCAAAGUCGAUAUCCACAAUUUCUUGGACUUCUGGCCCCGUUCUAGCAAGCCGCACACAGUGGACAGCAUUUCCCACAUCCUUGGAGUGAUCAACUGUAAUGGAUUCAUGGUGAGCGAUCAGAGGGGUCUACAGGCGGUGGGCGUAGGAUUGUUCCCGAAUCUCUGCCUGGUCAACCACGAGUGCUGGCCAAACUGCACGGUUAUUCUCAACAAUGGCAAUCAGUCGGCUGUUGACACUAUGUUUCACUCUCAGAAGAGAAUCGAGCUGCGUGUGCUGAGUAAGAUCAGUCCCGGAGAGGAGGUGACUGUGUCUUAUGUGGACUAUCUGAAUUUGUCUGAAGAUCGUAGACGUUUGCUAAAGCAGCAGUAUUACUUCGACUGCACAUGUGAACACUGCACCAACAAAACCAAAGAUGAUCUGAAGAUGGCUGGAGCGGAAGUGGAUGGAGUCAAGGUACCAGACGAAAAGGUAAAAGAAAUCACAGAAUACAGCCGCAAAAUGCUGGAAAAGGUGGACAAGGCACGAAUAGAAGCAAACUACAACGAGGUGGUGAACAUCUGUCGAGAGUGUGUUGAGAAGCAGGAGAAUGUGUUGGCCGACACUCACAUCUAUCAGCUCAGGAUGUGGUGUACCCUCAGUGAGGUGCUGUCGUACCUGCAGUUCGUCGAGGAGGCAUCGUACUAUUCACGCAAGAUGGUAGAAGGAUACAUAAAACUGUACCAUCCAAACAAUGCCCAGCUUGGAAUGGCUACAAUGAGGGCGGGAGUGACGCACUGGCAGGCCGGGCACAUUGAGGUGGCUCAUGGCAUGAUCUGCAAGGCUUAUGCCAUCCUGCUUAUCACCCACGGACCGACUCAUCCCAUCACCAAAGACCUGGAGGCCAUGCGUGUGCAGACAGAAAUGGAGCUGCGCAUGUUCAAAGAGAAUGAAUAUGUUUAUCACUCCAUGCGUGAGGCAGCGCUCAAGAACCAGCCAAUGAAAAUGAUGGCAGAACCGGUCAGUGAGGGCAUCAAAAACCUGUUCCGCAGGAAGUGACAUCACACACCGAACGACAAACAGCGCAAUCCACUGUGACUUAACACACUCAGGUCAACGUUCAGAGUAAUUACUACUGCUUAUUCAACCAACUACAGUUUAAGUUUAGAGGUUUAUGGACAUCUAGAGAUUCAUUGUUUUUUGGCUAGACUUCUCUAAAUGUUGAUUAUGUCACGACUGUAACAGGGUAACAUGGAUUUUUUUUUUUUUUUUAGGUAGACUUUUUUUUUCAAGUUGCAUUUUGAAUUGUAAAGCUUUUUUUGUUUUGUUAAUUAAAAUUGUAUCAGGUG